GUGUGCGCCGUUUGCUUGGGGAGGCAUACGCACAACUUUAUCACCUGUGCCGCCGACCACCUCUGGGACAACUCCCACCCCACAGUCUCCACCAGAGUCAACAAAGCCCUCCUCCUUCGCUCCAACAACAAACCUCUAUGCGUCGACUGGCAGCGACCUCGGGGGUGCAGCCAACGUUCUCACGACGAACGGCACCUCUGUGCAGGCUGCCUCUCUCCAGCCCACGGAUCUCAGUACUGUCCUCGCGCGCAGAAGGUUGUGCCCGGUCACACCUUAUAA